UAUUUUAGUCUACCCGAAUUGGGAUGUCUGUCAAUGCUGUAAGGAAGCAGAGCUCUGACGAUGAAGUGAUCAAUUUAGCAAAGUCUCUCAUCAAAUCCUGGAAGAAACUGCUAGACAGCACAGAAGAAAAGGCAGAAGAAAAGAAAAAGGCCAAUUCCACCACCUCAACAUCUCCCUGUUCAUCAUCGUCUUCUGAACAUAAAGAUCAGAAUACAGAGAAAAAGGAGUUGCCACCGAAGACUCCAACUACUCCAUUAGCCACAUCAUUCCCACUGCCUCCUAUUACACGUGACACUGUACGAAAUAAAUGCAGAGAGAUGAUUUCUGCAGCCCUGCAAUUUGAAAAUGACUAUAUUGCAAUUGGAGUAGACUGCGAUGACUUGGCUGCUAGGAUAGAAGAACAUAUAUUUCAAGAGUUUGGUGUCACAGAUAUGAAGUACAAAAACAAAGUGAGAAGUCGGAUAUCAAACUUGAAGGAUCCUAAAAAUCCUGAAUUAAGAAAAAAUGUUCUCUGUGGAAAUAUUCUUCCUGAGCGUAUUGCGGCAAUGACAUCUGAGGAAAUGGCCAGUAAGGAGCUACAGGAAAUGCGGAAGGCGCUAACAAAAGAAGCUAUCAGAGAGCAUCAGAUGGCCAAAACUGGUGGAACCCAAACAGAUCUUUUCACCUGUGGGAAAUGCAAAAUGAAGAACUGCACAUAUACCCAGGUGCAGACUCGAAGUGCGGAUGAACCUAUGACGACUUUUGUUGUUUGCAAUGAAUGCGGAAAUAGAUGGAAGUUCAAUUGAAGCACUAAUGGGCAUAACCGGAACUGGAGGAAAACUGAAGAUCAUCACAGAAGAAUAUUGUAUGAGACAUUAAAAAGAAAAGAGACAAUAUAUUCUGAUUUUUUUUCUUUGCAAACUAAGGCUGUAUUGCAGUCAGUAUCCUAAAAUCUAUGUAUACUUAAGGCAGAACAUGUGGCUCACCGAUGCAUAAUGGAAUGGGUGAGCUGUUACUUUAGUUUUUAGCUGCCUUUUGAUAUUUCUUUUACUGAUGAUUUAUAUAUGUAUGUUUAUAUAUAUGUAUAUGUAUAUGUGUUAAGUAAUGCAAAAGAUUUUGACUCUGAUAACCAAAUGUUGACACAUUAGCUCAUGUUCUGUUCCCAGGUUAUAUAAGCAUAGUUCAUUUGAAGCAUUGGCUUCAUAAUUCCUGAAAGUUGCAUUGAUAUAAUUACUAGAGUAAUAUGGGGUACAAAGCAGUAGAAUACUGUAGUGGGCCUCAAUUAAUCUUCCAUUAAUGGAUGAUUUUUAUCCUCAUUUUAUUGGUUUGGGUUAUUUACUCUAUAUGUUGUGUUUUUGUGCGCCUGUUGCUCAUCUGAACACCAAGACUUCAUCAUUCAUUUUUAUUAUUGUUAAGUGUGAGGAGCCAGUGUCCCGCAUGAGCCAGACUUUGAAUGCACCUGCCCUGAGGCAGCAUCCACACAUGAGCAGCUUCAACAAUUCUACAUAUUUUUACAUUGGCUGUUCGUCCCCCCACCCCCACCCCUACCACUCACACACACUGUGCAUCCAUAAUACUACAUUUGACUGCACAUUGUAUAAAAUGUGUUUUCUUUUAUUGAAGGUAGGAAGACAAGACACAGUGAUCCCUUUUCAGCUUUGACCUUUUUAACAUGAAAAAGAAGCACUUAAAAAUGUUUCACACAUUUCAAAAAAGAGACUGUGAAAUACAUAUAGUGUAAAAGACAACAAGGCUCAGUGUUUUGUUGCAGAUUCAUCACAUAUGGGCCAAGUACUAAUGAGAAACCAUUAACAGUUGACAAUGGUGAAGAGCAGUGGUUCUUAUGACAUAUGCGCAGAAACAUGUAUUUUACCCAUCCUUACUCAGUGCAGCUACACAAAGCCUUUGCUUGACAAAUGGAGGUGAAAUUUGAUUUAAACUUAUGAAAGGUUGAUGUGCAUCUUCUAAGCGGUGUGAGAAAAUUUGGUAAUUCUAGAAAUCAUGAAGUAGCCCAGAUCCAGCAGGAGCCAGUUCCUGAAAUGGACCAGCUUUUAGGUAGUGUACGCAUAAGCACAUUCCACAAUGCUUGUCUGUCUUCAUUUCACAAUAGUGUUCAUGUUGCAUUCUUUCAGUGUUUAUUUCCAAGUGUAGUAGUAUUUGUUUAACUCUAUAACAGGAAACAACAUAUUAGUUGAGUUGACAAUAGAACAGUUUUGUCUGAAUGUGCUGAAAGGGACACUUGUUUGGAGUUUUCCCCAUAACUGAUGCUGUCAUACACAGAAGGAUAUGAUCCUGCUGUAGACAAAAAAGGAAGUAUCUAGUCUUAUAUGAGAUCUUUGCUGUUCAACAUAAAAAGACCGUUGUUUGAAUUUAA